AUUGGUUCAUGGAGAGGUAGGGUGGUAGUUGAAAAAAAUCCAGAUGUGCUGAAGGAGUAUAUAAAGCGCUGAGACAGUCGCUCAAGCACACACUUGAUGCCCGCAGCAGAGAAAAUGUUUGCACACAGCCUGAGCAACAUGACCAGAGUUGUCCUCUCAACACUUUUGCUGGCCAUGGUAACAACUGGUCAAUCCAACGGAACGACAACAACUCCAGAUGUGACGGAAUCAUCUUCUGCAGCUGCCAAUGACAGCUGGAAGGGCUCCUUGAUUACUGGAGUACAUCGUCCGUGUGACGAAGGGAACAAAGGCUUCUGUUGGAACAAUGGUGUCUGUGUUUUGCCCCAAGACAGCAAUGUUCCUUCUUGCAUCUGCCCACCCAACUUCUCAGGGCAACGCUGCGUAUAUGCAGUGGGCCUUCUGUCAGUUCACAACUCAAAUCUAGAGAAGCUCAUCGCCCUCUUUGUAGUGAUGGUCCUCAUCAUCAUCGUCCUCUCCAUCUUCAUUUAUUGUGUCGCCCGUAGGAGGUUACAGAAAUCUGCUCCAAAACCACAGCUGCCGGAGACUGCAGUGUGAUCUGACCCCUGAACAUGCUGUGGUGAAGUGUCAUUUUGGGAAGCCCAAGAGGAGAGAGAAGAAACUGUGCAACAUCAAAUGUGACAACCUGCUAUUUAUUUUUGUAAC